AAUACAAAGGAAGAGCUUCAGAAACCCCUGGGACAGCUGGGCAGAGGUACCUCCCUUUUCAGCCUGGUGCAGUCAGUGGGAAAAGCCGACAGUCCUGCCUCAAAGAAACCUGGAAAUUAGCUGAGGGACAGCUGCUGUGGAUUUUUCUGUUGAAACUGACUGGUUUUACUUCCCUUCUCCUGGGGAAUCCUUUGGGAGAUUGAAAGAGAAGUCUCAGCCCUGACAGAAGAAAUUUUAGCACUGCUCCACCUCUCACCGAAGCAAUCCAUGAACUGGAUGGAAUAAAAGAUGAGACCAGAUGACAUUAACCCGAGGACUGGACUGGUGGUGGCCUUGGUCAGCGUCUUCCUUGUCUUUGGCUUUAUGUUUACUGUGUCUGGGAUGAAAGGGGAGACCCUGGGGAACAUCCCCCUCCUUGCCAUCGGACCGGCCAUUUGCUUGCCUGGCAUAGCUGCCAUUGCCCUGGCCAGGAAAACUGAGGGCUGUACGAAAUGGCCCGAGAAUGAACUGCUCUGGUGCAGAAAACUCCCCUGCUUCAAAAAGGCAAAGGACAAGGAAGUGAUCGAACUGCUGAGGACCCCCUCGGACCUAGAAUCAGGCAAAGGGAGCUCUGAUGAGCUGAUGAAAAAGACCUUCCUCAGAGGCAAGCUGUCCCCUAAGGGGGUUGUGUCCGUGUCCGGGUCUGCCACGGCCACUACAGCUACCGGGGCAGGGGAAUGCAAAAGUCUGAACCAAAAGGUAGAACAGGAUGAAAUGUUGAGAUACCUGGAAGGAAGCCAACCUUCAGGUGCAUGCCCAGCUGCAGGGAGUACCCCCACCUUCAGUGCCUUAGAUCCAAAGUGCUCUACCUGGGAUAGAUCUGAUUGUCCAGAGCCCGAGGACCACAUAUUCUUUGUACCACAAGACAGUAUUAUUGUUUGUUCCUACAAGGAGAACAGUCCAUACGACAGAUACUGCUGCUACAUAAAUCCAAGUCGAGUCGGCUGGGACCAUGAGACAAUAGUUUAAACUGGGCACAUAUGCAUUUGCAUUUAGAGAAACCAAAUACCUUCCAGCUAUUAAUGGAAAAGAAACUGCACUGCAUGAACAGGCAUUGUGCUGUUAGAAAUUGACAUGUCAAUGGAUGUUCCAGCCUCUGGUGUCUGAAACCCUGGUUAUAAGUUUUUCAAAGUUGGGCAUUCAC